AUGCCCGAGCAGUUUUCGCUGCGGUGGAACGAUUUCCAUGCUAAUCUGGCGCAGUCGUUCCAAGCGCUACUUGAUGGCGAAGAUCUUGUGGACGUGACUUUGGCGGCUGGUGGUCAGUACGUCCAUGCACACAAACUCAUCUUGUCAGUCUGCAGUCCUUACUUCAAGGAACUGUUUAAGAUGAAUCCGUGUGAACAUCCUAUAGUUAUUCUCAAAGAUGUUGCACACCAAGAACUUAAGCAACUAUUACAAUUCAUGUACCGAGGUGAGGUUCAUGUCCGACAACAAGAACUAUCAGGGUUCCUUCACACCGCGGAACUACUACAAGUCAAGGGGCUGACUAGUGGACGAGAGAAAAGUGAGUCACCACCACCAGCUUCGGAAGAUUCUUUUACACCAAAGUCACAGGUUAACGAGCCAACUGGUGACAGCAUGCCAGAAUGGGUACAGCCAGAAGACACCUCUUCGACGGAUCUAUUGUCAGAAUUACCAGCCCUUAUUCCGAAAGAAGAAGCUACUAGAAGUCCUUUGAAACGAUUAAUGAAGAACACGCCAAACAAAACGAACACAAGUAAAAAGAAGCCACGCCCAGCCAACGACAGCCCAUCGCAUCCAGAGAACAGUGAUUAUGUCCCCGAAGGAGCUUACAGUGAUGGCUCCGGUGAACCCUUGAUCGACUUCGACAGCGAUAUGUUUCAUAAUAUCUUGGUUGUGCCAGACUCUGCUAAGGAAACAGGUUGGAAUUGCAAGAGCGGUGGCGUGAAGUGUCCGUCGUGCCACCGGUUCUUCGCGAACCGCUACAAUCUGAAGGUGCACAUCCGCGACAAGCACGACACGAGAGAGGGCACGCUGCAGUGUGACAUAUGCCAGAAACGCAUGCGCAACCCUUCGUGCCUCCGCGUCCAUAUGUAUCAUCAUCGCAAGCAGGCGGCCUAUCUUGCACAACUCAGCGCUCAAGGGGAUCAGAUGAGCGUUCACAAUAUGGUUGGGAAUAAAUGGCGUACUGAAAAUUUGAACGAUUAUCGGGACAUUGACAAUUACACGGCGACUACGGCCGCCGCCGAGGCGAACCAGUUCCCGCCGGUUCCCGAAGGCGCUGAACAACCGAAGCCGGCUCCGAAGUCCGAAGCAAAUCUCGAGGCCGUAUGA